UCGAGGGUCUAGGGUGCGUGUUCUUGAUAUUCUUUUGUUAUGUGAAAUUAUUAUUUACUUGUUUAUUACUCACUCGAAAUCAGAAUCAAAAGUUGAUCGAUCAGAAAUCGAGUUUCCUAUCUCGAAUAUUCCAAUUAAGGUUAAAUUACCUUCCAUAUUCCAAUUUUCAAAACAGUUACUUGUGGACUUCAAAAUUCAAAUCUAUCCUAUCAUCUGUAGCAUCAGAUUAGCAUUAGCAUCACCAUGACGUCGAUGCAGAAUCAGAAUCAGAAUCAGAAUCCCGAGAUAAUUAUAUUUCAUUAUCAAUUUUCGCCGUUUGCUAAGAGAAUAAUAUGGUACCUCACACUCCGCCAAAUCCCCUAUUCCGAAUGUCUCCAACCCCCCACCAUGCCACGCCCCGAUAUCCAAGCGCUCGGAACCCAAUAUCGACGUAUUCCUAUCGUGUGUAUCGGUCGUGAUAUCUACCACGAUACGCGAUUGAUUCUUCGCAAACUAGAGGAUUUGUUUCCCGAGUAUCCCAAAAUCUCAGGGACGUCUACUGAGCAGGUGGGGAUCGAGAAACUUUUGGAGAUAUGGACUGUGGAUGGAUUAUUUUUGCGCGCGGCGCAAUUGUUGCCACUGGAUUUACCGUUGUUGGGGGAUAAGAAAUUUACAAGUGAUCGCGCGGAUUACACGGGAAAGAGUUGGGAGAGGGGAAAUUUGGAGAAAGGGAGACCGGAAGCGUUGGCGGCGUUGAAAGGGGCGUUUGAGGGUUUGGAAAAUGGGUUUUUGGAGGAUGGGAGGGAGUGGAUUUUGGGGAGUGAGGGGCCGAUGUUGGCGGAUAUUGAAGCCGUUUGGCCUUUCCAUUGGUUAACCACUUUACCUGGUGCACUACCCACGAACUAUAUUUCCGCGCAACAAUUCCCCAAAACCUUUGCAUGGAUCUCUCGAUUCGACCAAGCCACUCAACUCGUUGCUAAAAACAUCCCCAAGCCCAAACUUCUCUCUGGAGCAGAAGUACUUGAAAUGGUCUCCACAUCUGAUUUCGUAGAAACUGAUGAACAUGUCGAUUCGCUAGAUCCGACAGGACUGCAAAAAGAACAGGAAGUAGAAGUUUGGCCAACUGAUACGGGGAUGAGUGGGAGGGAUAGGGGAGUUUUGGUGGGACUGACUACGAAGGAAAUUGUGAUUGAGUCGCGGACAAGGGAGGGAGUGAAGGUGAAGAUUCAUACUCCGAGACAUGGGUUUAGGAUUCGGGGGAUGGGAGAGAUGGGGUCGAGACUUUGAGGUUUUCUGCUGUUUUUCUCUCUGUGGUGAUGGGAUUGUGAGGCGGGAGGUGGACUUGACGUGGGGAGGU